GCGCAUGCGCGGCAGCUCCGCUGGGCCGAGGCGCUUCCGAAGUUGAGCGGAGACUUUCUCUCCGCCCAGCUCGCGGAAAAACAGCGGAGCGCGCGCUGCGGGAGAACAUGUAGAGAGACAGUCAGAGAGACAGACAGAGAGACAGAGAGACAGUCAGAGAGAAGAGGGAAGGAGAAGCGGAGCGCGCGAGCUGCACGAGGCCCGGAGAGCGGCUGAGCGCGUGAUCUGGACGGAAGCAGAUUAAAGGUGUGGUAUGUCAGUAUGGAGGGUCAGCACAGCCAGAAGGACCAAAAUAAAAAUGACACGCUACCAGGACACGACAACCAGAGUUACUGCAGCGCACUGUCCAACUUCCUCAUCGAGAAGAAGAUCGGCCGUGGGCAGUUCAGCGAAGUGUACAGAGCCACGUAUCUCCUGGAGAACAAGCAGGUGGCACUGAAGAAAGUACAGAUUUUUGAGAUGAUGGACGCUAAAUCUCGUCAGGACUGCAUUAAAGAGAUCGACCUGCUGAAGCAGCUGAAUCAUCCUAACGUGAUAAAGUAUCUGGACUCCUUCAUUGAGGAUAACGAGCUGAACAUCGUGCUGGAGCUGGCCGACGCUGGAGAUCUGUCACACAUGAUAAAGUACUUUAAGAAAAAGCGCAGGUUGAUUCCUGAGCGGACGAUAUGGAAGUAUUUUGUGCAGCUGUGCAGUGCAGUCGAGCACAUGCACUCCCGCAGAGUCAUGCACAGAGAUAUAAAGCCAGCUAACGUGUUCAUCACCGCGGCUGGAGUGGUCAAACUGGGAGAUCUGGGUUUGGGACGCUUCUUCAGCUCCAAGACUACAGUCGUUCAUUCACUCGUGGGAACCCCGUACUACAUGUCUCCCGAGAGAAUCCACGAGAACGGCUACAACUUCAAGUCAGACAUCUGGUCUCUGGGCUGUCUGCUGUACGAGAUGGCAGCGCUGCAGAGCCCGUUCUACAGCGAUCAGAUGAACCUGCUGACGCUCUGCCAUAAGAUUGAACAGUGUGAUUAUCCUCCUCUACCUCCAGACCACUUUUCAGAGAAGUUGAGGAGCUUGGUCAGCAUGUGCAUCAACCCGGAUCCAGACGAGCGGCCGGACAUCGUGUUGGUCCUGCAGUUCUCCAAACAGAUGCAGCUGUGGACGGCCAGCACCUGAAACAGCCUUCUGGAGACACAUCUGGACACACCUGCUGAGCACUGCUGGGCAGGAGAAGGAGAGUGAAGUGUGGACUCACUCGGGCUCUGUACCUGAAGAACUGCUGUAUUACUGCACUGAUCCAGCUCGACUAUAACGAGCCCUCACGCUGUUCCUCAGACUGUCCCGCACUCUCGCAUAUCGGUUACUUUAAUGUUAUUUUUAUGCUCCACGUGGGGUCAAUAUUCACCACCCCAACUUCUGCUUUAACUGGAGACCCUGACCGUCGUACCGCCGGAUGACCUGUAACUGGACUCAACAAGUUUGAGGAAAGUGGACUGAACAGCUCAGUGUAUGUAACCCCCCAAUUUGUGCUCAUGUUCAAGUACUAACAGCCUCAGCAACAAGUAAAGAUCUCAGCGGUGGUUCAAGACGAUGAGCGCUCGUGUUUCUGACGGCCUGUUGAGUUCUGCUUUUGCUGUGUGUAAACAGUAAAAUCUGCAGGAGGGGAAAUUUUGGAAAAACAUCCACCUGCGAUUUUCUAACCAACUUUUUUUUAACAGUUUAAAUACAAUUACUGUCUAAUUGGGCUUAAUUUUGCCAAGACCACCAGCACAUCCUUUUUUUCGGACUCCUGGCUUGUGUGCCAGAGUUCUGAGUGACCGGGUUAAAUUUCCCAACGGAAAAUUCAGACAAACUAUGAAUUGUGUUAGCAUGCAAUUCAAUUGGCAGCUCUUGCGAUGUGACAACUGCACUUUUUAAAACCGCAAUUUUGAUAUUAAAACGACCGUUUAGGCGUCGCCUGGACAGCUACAGCCAGCUGACCUGAAAUCCUGACCUCAAACGUUCUUGGCGAGACGUUCUGCGAGCAGCUGUGCUGCGGCUACUGCCCCGUUAAAAAACACAAACUUCCCAGUUUCUACAGUCAUAAUGUAAACACAGCCUGCAGGCCCACAGUUCAGUUCCUCACUCUAAACCACACGACUUGAUCCUGUAUUCAUAUUAGUUACUGCAGAAUACGGAAAAACCUUCCUGCUCAUUGAUCAAAACUGCACACCAGAAAGAUCAUGUUUCCUUCUCCACCACCAUAGUGGACCACGGUUAGCCCACUGACAGCAAAGCAGGUGGUCCAGUGGCGCUUUGCUCAGCGGCCCACCGGUGGGCCAAGCAAUAUUCCACUCAUCUUCGCUCAUUUUCCACCAACAGUCCAAUUUACUUUAACUUCCUUGAUUUAAUUUCCAAUUUAAUUUCCUUGAUUCGUUUCUUUAGUUGAACUUUGUAAAUUAAGAAUUCUGAUCCAGCUCAGCUUCAACAUUUUAUAUCAGGCCUGGUCAUUAAUGUGUUUCUCAGUUGUUUGUAAGUUUAUUUUCCAGAAUAAAAGUAUUUUGGGUGAUUAAAAA